GAGCCGGAACUAUCUAGGGCUUGAAAGCACUUUAGCAAAGUCUCAGUCUUCUUUGACAAACCCCCAAAGCGCCAUAAAAAGAGUAUUCAUGAAAAUUCCAGUAUUGUGACUUCGCACGCAACAUCUACUCAGCCAGCCUCCAGUCGCCAUUGUUAUGCCCGGUAUGGAAACUGAGAACUCAAACGCCUCUCGAGCUGAAGAACUCAAGCAACUCGCAAAUGAAGCAUUCAAAGGGCAUAAGUAUUCGCAAGCUAUUGAUCUGUACACACAAGCGAUUGAGUUGAACGGUGAGAAUGCGGUGUACUAUGCUAACCGUGCGUUUGCUCACACCAAGUUGGAGGAAUAUGGCAGCGCAAUACAGGAUGGAACUAGAGCUAUUGAAAUUGACCCUAGAUAUUCAAAGGGUUAUUAUAGGAGGGGAGCUGCAUAUUUGGCAAUGGGGAAGUUCAAAGAUGCACUCAAGGAUUUUCAACAGGUCAAGAAGUUAUGUCCAAACGACCCAGAUGCUACCAAAAAAUUGAAGGAAUGUGAGAAAGCUGUCAUGAAGCUAAAAUUUGAAGAAGCUAUUUCUGUCCCAGAAUCUCAGAGGCGUUCAGUAGCUGACUCUAUUGAUUAUCGUUCUGUAGGAUCAGGCCCUGGCUCAUCAUAUGUUCCCACCAAAACAACUGCUGUAUCAGCGGCAGCAGCACUAAUGGGAGUUCUGGUGGUAUAUAUGGGAACUAAGGCAGCCACAAUGGUGGCAGCAGCAGCUUCGGCAGCCUUAUUGGUGGUCUUGAUAACAUUUCUUUGGGGACGUUGCAGUGAUGGUUUCUUUACCAAGAGUCGAACACUUGAAUUAGAGGUGGAGCCUCAAUAUGCUGGUGCAAGAAUAGAGGGAGAUGUUGUAACAUUAGAUUUUGUGAAGAAGAUGCUGGAUGACUUCAAAAACCAGAAGAACUUACACAAGAGGUAUGCCUACCAAAUAGUACUGCAAACAAGAGAAAUGUUGCGAGCACUGCCCUCCCUUGUUGACAUUGUUGUUCCCGAAGGGAAGCACUUCACCGUAUGUGGUGAUGUACAUGGUCAGUUUUAUGACCUCCUAAAUAUUUUCGAGCUCAAUGGGCUUCCAUCAGAAGACAAUCCGUAUCUGUUCAAUGGUGAUUUUGUUGAUAGAGGGUCUUUCUCUCUAGAGGUCAUAUUGACAUUAUUUGCCUUCAAGUGCAUGUGUCCAUCAGCUAUACACCUGGCGAGAGGAAAUCACGAAAGCAAGAGCAUGAACAAAAUAUAUGGGUUUGAGGGCGAGGUCAGAUCCAAGUUAAGUGAAAUAUUUGUGGAACUCUUUGCAGAAGUGUUCUGUUGCUUACCUUUGGCCCAUGUCAUAAAUGAGAAAGUCUUUGUAGUACAUGGAGGUCUUUUUAGUGUUGAUGGCGUGAAGCUCUCUGAUAUUAGAGCAAUUGAUCGGUUUUGUGAGCCCCCAGAAGAGGGGUUAAUGUGUGAAUUGUUGUGGAGUGAUCCACAACCUCAGCCUGGUAGAGGACCUAGUAAACGAGGUGUUGGUCUUUCUUUCGGGGGAGACGUAACUAAAAGAUUCCUGCAGGAAAAUAAUCUAGAUUUAGUGGUCCGAUCUCAUGAAGUGAAGGAUGAAGGUUAUGAGAUUGAGCAUGAUGGCAAACUCAUAACGGUGUUUUCCGCUCCCAAUUAUUGUGACCAGAUGGGUAACAAGGGUGCUUUUAUACGAUUUGAGGCUCCCGAUAUGAAGCCAAAUAUUGUGACAUUUUCAGCAGUGCCACAUCCUGAUGUCAAGCCAAUGGCAUAUGCCAACAACUUCCUUCGGAUGUUUUCUUAAAACUCUGAAACCUAACGUUCAGUAUUACAAUCGAUGCAACCUUUUGUCUCACUGACCAAGAGCAUACACAUCAGUUGGCAGAAGAGCUAGUACUUACAGCCAAUUAGCUGCAGUGUCAUUAUUCGGACAACUUCCUGACUUGCCCGCAGCAUGUGAGGAUCCUCACCUCCUUUGUUUUGAUUAAGGCGUAAACACUUUCUCUACGAUAACAAUUUCGUGUGGUGGAUUGUCCUCUGUAUUAUUUAUAGUCCUCUUUGUAAGAUUGUUACACUUCUCAUUUCUUUUAGAAUGUUCAAAUUGGGAAGCUUUGAUAAGUCGAAUUUUGGUUUUUUCUAUUUUCUUAGUUAAAAUAGUCUAUAAUUUUUUCCCCACCAAUCAGCUAAGUGUUACUGUUACGAUGUCUAUUUUACCAUUGGAUUGUCAUUUGUCUCUGUGCCUGUGGCCAGAUUACUGGUGUUUCCUACUGAUUUUGUUUCGUUAUUAAUAAUGCUUAACAGCUUGUAAAUGAGUA